UCUUUUCUAUCUUGUUGAGUGAAGAAGGGUGACCUUCGGAAAAGAAUAUAGGAGGACCUCUUAUAUAGGAUCUUCCAAGAUCCUCUCUUUCAGCAAGGCAGGAAAAAUUACGCGUUUGUCAUUUGGCUAGGUAUUGGUUGAAAAUUUCUUCCUCCUGUGGGAGCUCUCCUGUGGCUUCAGCAAGAGAGAGGGAAAAGUAACAUGGGUCAGGUGCUAGCUUGUAUUCAAGACAAACUCCAUGGAAAAGAAUGGCGGCAUCAACAAUUAAGAAAGAUCACAGAUAGAGUCUUUGAUCGUGUUAAGACUGAUGCAGGAAGGGAACAUUUGACAUUUGAAGAACUUUACAUUGCAGUUCUAUUUGUGUACAAUGAUGUCAACAAGCACAUACCUGGUCCUCAUAUUGACCCUCCACCAAAAGAAAAAGUUAAAACAAUGAUGGAGGUUUGUGAUUUUAAUCUUGAUGGUGUACUGGACCGUGAAGAGUUCUAUCAAUUUAUUAAGAAGCUGACUGCAGACACAUUAGACAUCGUCAGCCGGAACUUAAUCAUUGCUUUGGUUUUAGCUCCAACAGUGGCGAUUCUUACUAAAAGAGCUACAGAAGGAGUACCUGGUGUUGGGAAGGUAGUGCAGAAACUCCCAAAUUCAGUCUAUGCAUCCCUCAUUGCUCUUAGCGUUCUGCUACUUGAGAAUGUUGCUGAGGCCAGCACAUAAGCAGCUCUAGUAAUUUCUCUUCAAUUUUUAAUCAUAUUUCAACAUUUCUUCUGUUUGCUGUAUUUCCUAGUUUGCAACUCUUUCACUUCAUUGGGUGACUUGUGAACACCUUUUACUAGUUAAUGCUGUUAUUUUUAUUA